CGAAUCCACGCGUCGAACAGCAUCUCACCGACAGAGACAACCCACCCAGCCGUGUUCACAACUCGGCCAACGUCCCAGACUGCCCUCGACGUUGAGCAAAACUUUCCGGCACGCGCCGUGGAUUCAGUCUCCGCCUGAACGUGGCCCCUCACCCAGCGGUGGAUCCGGAGCGUCAGGCCACCGGAGAGCAUGAACAAUCUCCUCCGCACCCUCACAGAGAGCCAGGUCGCCCACUCACCAGACCUCAGGCUCCUCCUCUCCAACGUAAGGGACAUCAGAAGGCAGGGUGAUGCCAAACUCACAGAACCCUUCUACGAUGCUCUCGAGGACCUCUUGCACGACCUCCGCACCGUCACCAUGGACAACCGUGACGCCGAGGCAUUCCUCAAGCCCGUCUCCAAGUCAGACGUCCCAGACUACUACGAGGUGAUCCAGCACCCAAUGGAUCUCCAGCAGAUGCUCAAGAAGGUCAAGGCAAAGUCCUACAAGUCCAAGCGCGAGUUCAAGGACGACCUCGACCUCAUCUGGUCCAACUGCUUCACCUACAACUCUGCCGAGAACCACCCCCUCCGCCAAUGCGCAAUCCGCCUCAGAACCAAAGCCGAACACCUCCUCGCCAACAUCACAGACCGCAAAGAGCGCCUCGACCCCACUCUCCCCUUCCCCACCACCACCGCCACUGCUACCCUCAACUCCAUCUCCACAUCCACAUCAACCACAUCCGCGCUCUUCCCCGGCAGCCGCGCCUCCACCCCCGGCGCAGCGCGCGGCGGCACCCCCACCCCGGGCGUCGCACAGCGUCGCAUGGUCAACGGCUCCUCGGGCCCUGCCACCGGCGCGUCGAGCCACUCGCGGUCGAGGAGCAGAGCGGGAUCAGGCACGAGUGCAACGGCCGCGAGCCUGUUUCCCGAGCGCGCGGGAAGACAGGCGGGCGCGAAGCGGCCGUCGUCGAAUGGCGUUGGGGUCGGGGUUGCGUAUACGAAGAGGCCGGAGACGCCGUUUGGCGAUGCGCCUGCGCUCGUGCGCACGCCGGAAGGGAUGGCGCUCUGGGCGGCGCUCGAGUUGGAGCGCGAUGCGACGACGCUAUCGCUCCCGGAGGAGAGGGCGAGGGUGAAGGCGCAGCUCAUGCAUUUUGCGCGCGGAGGCGAUAUUGCGUUCGGCAGUACGAAUGGGACGGUGGUGAACGGGACAGCGGCGCUCGUGAACGGGAUGGGCAUCAAGAUGGAGGUCGACGACGAUGCGUAUGGACGGCCAAAGAAGCGCGUGCGGCUCACGCCGCCCGAGUCUAGGAUGGACGUGGACGGCGUCAGUCCCGUCGAUCCCGAUGAUGCCGAUAACGACGACGACGAGGCGGGCGAGCUGUGGUGGGCCGCCGUGCAGAACGAUGUGCUGCGCGCGAACGCACUCCCGCCGCUGCCUAGCAUCGCCUCUUCUUCCCUCCCGCCUUCUACCUCCUCCAAGCUCCGAUCACCCCCAUCUACAUCCUCGAAACUCCAACACCCAUUCACAACCCCCGUCAAAUCCUCCCCAUCCCCCGCUCUCCACAUCGCCACAUCAGGCGCAUCAAAGCCCCCAAUAAAGAAGAAGAAAACGAAGAAGCGCACCGCAUCCAAAUCCAAGUCCAAAUCCAAAUCCAAGGGAACGUCGAAGAAAGAAGACCCCGCCGCCACUCAGCAGAACCAAGACGGCCCCCCGCGCACGCUGCUCGCGCUCAUGAACGGCAACAUCCGCACGCUCAAGCGUGUCCGCCGGACACACGCCAAGUUCGCGGCGCUUAAUGCGGCCACGGCGGCUGAGGACGCUGCUGCUGCCGCCGCCGCCUCUGCAGCUGCUGCAGCUGCCAACGGCGGUGCUGGGGUGCCUGGUGCUGGAGGGGGUGUUGCAACGGUCGCAGGCGCGGGGGUAGGAAUGGGACUGGGAGGAAUGGGAGGGCUGGGGGAGGAGCCGCCGGAGGUGGGCGAGGAUCCGGAUGCGGUGGAUGAUGAGCGGGUCGAUCCGCGGCCGUGGAGGGUGCAUAUGCGCGGGGUGCCUGCGCCCGGCGUGAAGAGGGAUACGGCUGGAGGCGAGGUGGACAGCGGACUGGGCAGGGAAGGCGAAGGUGAAGGAGAAAGGAGAAGGAAAGGGGAGGAUGCGGAUGUGGGCGAGGAGAACGCGAGCGAGUGUCUCAAGUGGAUGAACGGGAAGGUGUUGGAGCAUGUCGGGUUCCACGGCAGCUCACGCGUCGCACUCGACGUGCUCGCCGGCGUCGCGUCCGAGUACCUGCUCAACGUCGGGCGCACGCUGCGCUUCCUCGUGGACAAGUACGCGACGUCGAUGACGCCCGAGGAGAUCCUGCUGCACGCGCUGUUCGAGAGCGGCAUCACGCGCGUGACAGACCUCGAGCGCUACAUCCAGGACGACGUCGUCCGGUACGGCGCGCGGCUCGGCGAUCUGGAGAAGAAGCUCGUCGGGGCGUAUCGCGAGGCUACGGCGGUGGAGGCGCUCGACGACGAGGCGCUCUUUGCGAACGCGGACGACGAGGAAGAGGAGAGCGCGUUUGUGAUGGGCGGAUUCACCGACGCGCUGGGCGACGACUUUCUCGGCCUGCGCGAGCUCGGUAUCGCGGCGGAGCUCGGGCUCUCGGAGCUCAAUGUCCCGCGCAAGCUGCUCAAGAGCAAGGCGAGGGCGGGCGCACGGGAUGCUGCUUCGGCAAAACCGAAGGAACCACCCCCGCCGUAUCCGCCCCCGCCCCCGCUUGUCCAGCUCAGCGCGCGCGCGGCGGACGAUCAGAUCGGGCUGCUCGGGCCGUACUACCAUGGGCGCUUCGUGGCCGUUGCGCAGGCCCAGGCGGCGAUGGCACCCCCGCCGAUGCCCGUGGCGUUGCCUGGUCCUCCGAUGCCCUAUCUUCAGGGCUUGCCUGGGCCGUCGAUACCCGGUAUGCCGAGGUUACCGCCUCCGCCGAGUCUGGGUGGACUGCCAGGACCGACGCUUCCGACGCUGCCUUCUGCACCCGCCCCCGCACAGGCGCCGGCACCGGCACCAGACGCAGCAGAUGGCGCCGACGCGGCCAUGGACACGGCGUCCGACCACGACCAGGACACAGACACGGCGCUCGCGCUCGAGCGUGAGCUCGAGCUCUUCCAGGCGCGCGAGGAGGCCGCGGAGCGCGAGCGGCAGGCCGAGCGCGAGCGCGAAAGGGAACGGGAGAGGGAGCGGGAAAGACUUGUGUUGCCGGACGACGCGCCGCUGCCUGCGCAGGCGAAACUCGGGCCGCUCGGGCAGGUGCUUAAGCCCGCUGCGGGCGGCGCGGGCGGCGCGAGUAAGAAGAAGAAGGUGGCGACGGCAGCGGCGGUGCAUGGGUCGGGGGCGGGGUCGUCUUCUGGGCCCGGGAAUGGGGCCGGGGCGGUGAAUGGGGAAGGGGGCGCAUCUGGCUUACUGCCGCCGCCUGUGGUGCAGGUGCAGGAGCCAGGCAUGGGAGGGGAUGAGGUGCCAGUGGAGUCGGCGGGGAUGUUUAGCGUUGCUCCUCAGGCUUCCAGUCACGCUAGUAGCGGGACAAACGGCGGGGGAGGGGGGAAGAAGAAAGCUAAGGUGGAGAUGCCGCCUGUAAUCGCUGCGAGUGCGUAGGCGCAGCCAACGGGCUCUUGCCACACAUCCUUCUCGGUCUCCCAUCAGCUCGUUGACGACCUGGCCUGGCCUUUGGGUUUGUUGGGGGGAGCAUAAGGAGUCUCCCGGGUUGUAUUAUUGUUAUUCUUCGCCCACAGCUAUCUAUCAGUACUCGCGUUCGCGCAGCCCUAUAACCUCCUCUUCCGGAACUAGCACUAUUCAUCCAUAUUCCUCUUUUCUUUCUUUUUGGCACAAGGCUGUCUUGGAUAUCGACUAUACCUACCCUACCACACAUUUGUAGCUACUAUUCACUCGUGUUAACCCAUACAAGAUACAGCUCCUUGAGUUGUUGUAUGUCCAUCCCAUGCCCAUGCACGUGAGCUGAUGAUACAUAGGUGAUUUGGAUUUCGAUGAGCAAUCGGAUCUGAAGAAUGCAUGAACGCCAUGCGCUCGUAGGGCGUUGGCGUGAAUAUAGC